CCUUUCGUUGUCCUUAUUUCCACCAAAAGGCCAUUAAUUUCCAUGUAACGGCUGAUUAGUAAUUAUAGCCGUUAUUACCACUCCAUAUAUAAAACCUCAAAGACCUUACCUCUCCCCAAGCCAAAAUAUCACUAGUACUAUUUCCCAGAUCAACAGUAGCAUAAAAAAUGGCAAAAGCACCACAAUUCUCUCUUUGUCUUCUCCUCCUCUUCAUCAUCUCAGUUGGUACGUUCACUUUUACAUCGGCUGAUGGACAGAGAACAUGGUGUGUGGCAAAGCCAUCAUCAGACGAAGCCACUCUGCAAGCCAACAUCAACUAUGCAUGUGAACAUGUAGACUGCAGCCUUAUAAAGAAGGGUUGUCCUUGUUUCUCCCCAGAGAGUCUCAUAAACCAUGCCUCAGUGGUGAUGAAUCUGUAUUAUCAGUGCAAGGGAAGAAACCAGUGGAACUGCCAUUUCGGGGGAUCUGGUCUCGUUACCAUAACGGAUCCAAGUUAUAGUAGCUGUGUUUAUGAGUGAAUGGAGUUGGUGAUCAGAGAAGCUGCGUAGAAAGGCCUAUUUAGAUUACAAAUUCUUCUAAUGCAAUUGGCCGGAUUAGAUGAUUAAGUUUCUUCUUCUUCUUGUUACCAUAAGCCACACUUUGUGGAUUUAUACUUGAUAUAUAUGGGAUUGGCAGCUGAGAUCAAAGCUCUUUUUCUUUUUUCAUUCCUGCGUUUACAAGAAAUUGAAAUGGUUCAUAGUGACUGACAGACUUGUAAAAUGUCGGUCCCAUACAACUUUCUACAUAGACAGAGAGAUAUUGGUCAGGAAAAAAAAUUGAUUCAUGAUUCUGCUCUGCA